AUCACGGGGGCUCGGUAUAGCUGGAAAGGCGACUUCUGGUGGACAGCCUACUCCUACAUGUAGGCACAGAGGUCGCAGAGAAGAAACCCUCCGCUUCAUUUACUUCAACAGCCUCAAUGUAGCUUAUCUCGACUCAACCAAAGCUGCAUUUAUUGCAAAUGAUUGAACGAAAGGAAAUUAUGAGUGAAAACAUCUGGGUGCGGCACACUUUAGAGGAAAAGGUUUCGCUCUGUCGGAGGUCGUACGCAUUUUUGCCUUUUGUAUUUCCUUGCUGAAUGUCGUGGACAUUUUGGAUUUUUUAAUGCUCAGUGUCACUAAGUCUCGCCAAGUAAGGACCAUUUUGCUCUUGUCUUCGCCUUCAGUUGGUUUGUCUGAGUAAAAUCUGGAAGGUAAAUACUUUCAAGUCUGAAAACAACCGGGGACGACAACGUUAAACAACUUGAGGACGGCUCGCUGAGGAGACUGUGUGCUGGCCCAGCUUCGAGUUGCUCUUUAAGUAGGCAACAUUAGCUAGCUGCUAACACUAGCAAAACCCUAUUGAACUGCCGUCAGGAAAAUCUGUGAGACUAGCUAAUGUCCACUCCCCAAAAUAUUUUUUUGAUUGUAGCAUCUUUCCCAUAACCCGGACACCGUCAUAUGAGACACUGACUCGACAUUAACUCGGAUAAGCAAAUUUCUGUUGUUGGAUCUAUCCUCUGCCAUCCACUGGCAUCCAGGUGCUUGAGUCCUAAAUGACAAGUGACUGAGGAUGUCCAAGCGGAGCUUGUUUGUUCGUCUGGUGCCGUGCCGCUGCUUGCGGGGUGAGGAGGAGACGGUAACAUCGCUGGACUACUCCCACUGCAGCCUGGAGACUGUUCCUAAGGAGAUCUUUAGCUUUGAGAAGACCCUGCAGGAACUCUACCUCGAUGCCAACCAGAUCGAGGAACUGCCUAAACAACUGUUUAACUGCCAGUUACUACACAGACUGAGCAUGCCAGAUAAUGACCUAACAGUGUUGCCGGCAGCGAUUGCAAACCUCAUCAACCUCAGGGAGCUUGAUGUCAGCAAAAACAGUAUCCAGGAGUUUCCAGAAAACAUCAAAAACUGCAAAGUCCUAGCUAUUGUAGAAGCCAGUGUGAAUCCCAUAUCCAAGCUCCCAGAAGGCUUCACGCAGCUUCUGAGUCUGACGCAGCUCUACCUGAAUGAUGCCUUUUUGGAGUUCCUACCAGCCAGCUUUGGCAGGUUGACUAAAUUACAGAUCUUGGAGCUGAGGGAGAACCAGUUGAAGAUGUUGCCUAAAAGCAUGCAGAAACUCACCCAGCUGGAGAGGUUGGACCUGGGGAGUAAUGAGUUCACUGAAGUGCCUGAGGUGUUGGAGCAGCUGACUGGAAUCAGGGAACUGUGGAUGGACGGGAACAGACUGACGUUUUUACCUGGGAUGCUUGGGACGCUAAAACAGCUGGUAUACCUGGAUGUGUCCAAGAACAACCUGGAGAUGGUAGAUGAGCAAAUCUGCGGCUGUGAGAGUCUACAGGACCUCCUACUCUCCAACAAUGCCCUCACGCAGCUGCCCGGCUCCAUUGGCUCACUGAAGAAAUUGACCACACUGAAAGUGGAUGAGAACCAGCUGAUGUACUUGCCAGACUCUGUCGGAGGGCUAACAUCUCUGGAUGAGCUGGACUGUAGUUUCAAUGAGAUUGAAGCCCUGCCCUCUUCUGUCGGCCAGUGUGUCAACAUCCGCACCUUUGCUGCAGAUCAUAACUUCCUUACCCAGCUUCCUCCUGAGCUGGGCAACUGGAAGAAUGCAACUGUGCUGUUUCUACAUUCCAACAAGCUGGAGUCUUUGCCUGAGGAGAUGGGUGACAUGCAGAGGCUCAAGGUCAUCAAUCUCAGCAACAACAAGCUGAAAAAUCUUCCUUACAGUUUCACUAAACUGAACCAGAUGACUGCAAUGUGGCUGUCUGAAAAUCAGUCAAAGCCCCUGAUCCCUCUCCAGAAAGAGGAGGAUCCAGAGACGCACAAAACUGUGCUGACUAACUACAUGUUCCCCCAGCAAACCAGGACUGAGGACUACAUUCCCAACUCUGACUCUGAGAGCUUCAAUCCGGCUCUCUGGGAGGAACAACGCAAGCACCGAGCUCAGGUGGCCUUUGAGUGUGACGAGGACAAGGAUGAGAGAGAAACACCCCCAAGGGAGGGAAACCUGAAGCGCUACCCUACACCAUACCCAGACGAGCUGAAGAACAUGGUGAAGACAGCCCAAUCUGUUGCUCACAGGUUGAAGGAGGAUGAGUCCGGUGAUGAAUCGGGGAAAGAAGCAAAACCAAUCGAAAGAAACCACAUUGGAGUGCAGGACGUGGGUGUUAAGGUGAUAGAGGCUCCUUGCCCCAAUGGCAUGGCUUCAGACGUGGAGCCCCAAGUAUCCGACAACACAUGUGCCCAAAAUCCCCCUGCACCAGAAUCAAAAGACACUUCAGACACGUCUUACAGCUCUCAAAAAGUCCCUCUCAAAUCUUCAGAGGGCUCUAUGAUGAACCAUGAGGACACACUGGAGGAUUCUGAGGAGCUGUCUGAUGAAGAAGAGGAGAUGAAAAUUGCAGAGAUGAGACCCCCUCUUAUUGAGAUUUCCAUCAAUCAGCCUAAAGUAGUGACUUUAAGUAAGGACAAAAAAGAUGAUGGCAAAGAUGCAGACUCUUUGCUGGAUGACACAGUGGCCAACAGCAACCAGAACAACAGUAACUGUUCAUCACCAUCACGCAUGUCCGACUCAGUGUCUCUGACCACUGACAGUAGUCAGGACAACUCUCUGUGCACCCCUGAGAGAGAGUCCAAGAUUCCCUUCCUCCCAAAAAGCCGGCAAGAAGAUGAGAAUAUGAACCAGCCUAAAGACACCACCCCUCUCCUCCAUAAUGGUAACGGCUCUGAAACAUCCCUUCAGGCCCUUUUGAAAACCCAGCAGACCCCGCCAGAAAAAAUGGGUGACUAUGAUCUGUCCAUGGAGGCCAGACUGGCCUUCAUUGAGAAGGGAAUUAACAACGGCAUGGAAGACACCUACACCAAGUGGGACCAGAUCAACAUGAACGUGUCCAAGCUGCCAACUGACAACAUGGUUCAGCUGGACGAGCUGGACAAAACUAAGAAUGGUUCAGUAUCCCGAGAGGACUUAGACAGUAAGCAGGGUUUUAGCAAUGACAACUUGGAGCAUUUACAGAAUGGAAACCAGCAGGUCAGUGACUGCAUCAGUAGUCUGGGGAACAAAAGCCAAGCAGUGAGAGUGGAGACAUCUGCUGUGCGCGUGGCCUCGACAGGCGUGACAGCCAGCAGUGACAUGUCCCUGUCUCGCAGCACAGAGGAACUGUCUCCAGAGAAAAGAUGCCAUCCCCCGCAGGUGAUGAAGUCUCACAGUGUGAGCAACAUAGAAGCAGGGGGCAUGAGGCUAUACUCCUUUGAUGGGGAUGACGACUCCUAUGAUACAGCAGCAAUGACUAGGAUGGCAGGAGCUGGCCCAGGGCCAGGAGCUCAGGGCCAGAGCAUAGUCAGGAGCAAGUCAGCCGGUCAGUUACUCAAUGACCAGACUCUGCAGAUCUACCCCAGCUCCUCUGCAUCCUCUUCAGACCUGCUCUCUUCCUCUAAGCCUCCUGCCAGCACCAGCAAAUAUCCAGUUUCCUCCAGCAUGGCCAUGGGCAUCGCUCCUCCUCAAUACAAUAUACAGUACGCAAGCAGUGCCAUGCCUAAAGAGGGCCUCUGGGCUCAGAGGACACCCAUGCCCCCAGAACACCAAGGCUACCUCCCUCCUCCUCCACACUCACUAGCCAACACCAACUACUCCAAUCGUAAUCAGGCACCUCCUUACCCUCUACAGCCCCAGCAGAGGGGGCCUCCCAUGGCUCCCAAACCCUCUGGGGACAUGUGGGCUAAGGAGAGACUUCUUUCUACCGGCAGCCAGCCUAGGAGCAGCACUCUGCAGAGGCAAAGCAGCACCGCCUCCACAGCUUCCAUGGGCGACCCAAGGCGCAUGCAGAUGCCCGAGGGAGAGUACAUGACGUACAGGGACAUUCACACCCUUGCGAGAGGGCCUCUGGCAAUGAGCCAGGCCAUGCAGAGGCCCCUCUCAGCUCGCACUUACAGCAUUGACGUACCCGGAGCUUCCAGGCCUCUCAGCGCCCGACCGCAGCCCCACGAGCUUCCAGAGAGGACCAUGUCUGUCUGCGAUUUCAACUACCAGCACAACAGCCCCAGCAAGAGGCCCAACACCAGGGUGAAGUCUGAGCACUCACUCCUGGACGGUCCUGCACAGGUGUCAGGAGGAGUGGGAGCAGGGAGGGUGCCAGCAGACUGGAGAGACCAGGUGAUGCGGCACAUCGAGGCCAAGAAAAUGGAAAAGGACGAUGUGUACAGUCCUCAAGGGCAGCAGAGCUACACCAUGGACCCCCACAGAAAAGUGCCUUUGAUGAACGGUCAGAUGGGCCCUUCUGUUCGUCCUCAGAUGAGCCAGACACCCAUGGCCCGCCACCCUUCCAGAGAGCAGCUCAUUGAUUACCUGAUGCUCAAAGUCUCCCAGCAGCCCCAGGGGCCCCCACGCAUCCCGCACGACACAAUGCAGCAAGAGAUCCGUGUGAAAGUGGAGAAGAAUCCAGAGCUUGGUUUCAGUAUAUCAGGAGGAGUGGGAGGCAGAGGAAACCCCUUUCGUCCAGAUGAUAAUGGUAUAUUUGUGACAAGGGUCCAGCCUGAAGGACCGGCAUCCAAAAUUCUUCAGCCUGGAGAUAAAAUAAUCCAGGCAAAUGGAUACAGCUUUGUGAAUAUUGAUCAUGGGAAUGCAGUGUCUCUCCUGAAGACAUUUCCAAACACUGUGGAUUUGACUAUCAUAAGAGAAAUGCAAGCAUAGACUCAACUGAGACUGACCUCUAAAGGGGAAGGGGGGGGUUAAUGAGAGGAAAGAAGAAGAGAGAAAUUAAUGUUGACUCUCAUUAUUUUUAUACACAGAAGAGACUGAUCUGUUGAUACCUGUCGGGACUAUUUAUACUAGAGAUCUUCAGAGCCUUGAUUAAACGGGGAAAACCACUGAAUGUAGUGGAUCAAAUUGAGACGCAGCAAACAUCUGCAAGUACGAGUCCUCAAAAGGCCAUCACUGUGGUAUAUAUAUUUUUAUACAAAAGAAGCUGAAGACGUGACCUGCUCUGAUGCAAAUAAUUACUGUGGUCUCUGUACAGAUCAUCUUUCUUUUUUCUCAUAAAUCCCUCAUCAAAAAUUGGGUUUCACUUCUUCGGAUGGACAUGAAUUGACCACUAGGGGGGCAGGGCUCCCUCUCUUCUGUCAUCCACUUUGCCUUUCUUUUUUUUUCUUUUCACUUUUUAUUUAAGAUGUUGAAACCGUCGUCUGGUCUGCCGAGCGAUCUUAUAUGGAGGACAGUGUUAUGUGCUUUUCAUGUGGAGACAGAAGAAUGUAGAUCAAGGUGGUGUUUUGAUUUUGUUUAUUUUGGAGAGAUUAGAUUUUUCUCUCUCUCUUCUUGUAAGAUCCAAGAGAUGAGAAAAAGGAAUCAUCCGCCCCCCGCUUCCAAAAACCUGUGAACACCCUCCAGCAUACCUGUCCUCAGCCCAUCCCAGACAUCCUCACAGCAACUCAUCUGCUCACUGCCUGUGCUGUAUGGGGGGGGGGAGAAAUCCUUUGCAAUACAAAUGGAUCACAGCUUCCCAGUGUUGAAGAAAUGCACACAGCAUGUGCUCAUUUAAUGAGACUGGGAAAUGGAAUGGAGAUUCAAAUAUUUGGGGAAUAUGAGAGAAGAGAGAUAGUGUGUAUCUGCUCAGCCUUAAUCUGCUUUGCCAGUCAGAAGCUUUUUUGCUUAAAGGAAUAGUUUGACAUUUUGGAGAGGCUAGCUUGGCUCUGUCAAAAGGUAACCAAAAUGACCUGUUAGCAUCUCUUAAGUCCAGUAAUUAAAUGUUUAGUGUGUGUUUAUAAGGAGCUAUGUCCCAAAAACUUGUUUUAUCUUGUGUAAGGUCAGCGCUGGUUCCAAGAUAUAGUCUGCAACCCUGUGUAAAACAGCAAAUUGUGGCUUUUACACACACAAGAUAUAACAUGUCAAUUAGUGGACUUCAGAGGUUGACUGUGUCACCUUUAGAUGGAGCUUAGCUAGCAGUCCCCCCCCCCCCAUCUCCAGUCUUUAUGCUAAGCUAAGCUAAUGAGCUGCUGGCUAGAGCAUUACAUUUAACAGAUAUCAGAAUGGUAUCAGUCUUCUUAUCUAACGCUCCACCAGGAAGCAAAUACGCACAUUUCCCAAAAUGUAAAACUUUUCCCUCAAGCAGAGAAAGAUGUGGGUUAUGCUAGUUAACCAAAGCAAGUUUGGAAAUAGUGGACAGACGGCAAAAGCAGGAGACAACUAAAGAAAGAAAUUCAAAUAAGAACUGGUCAUGGUUUCACUCGUGUUUUAUUUUUAAGGGCUUCAUCUUUCAGACAGCCACUGAUGAGAUGAGUGUUUGUAUUAUAAGUGUUUCAGCAUCUGGCAGUUUCAUUUUUUACAUGGGAGAAGACCACAGUUUGCCUUUUGUGUCUGUAAAAAUGUUUUAUCAUGCUUUUUACUCAUCACUUUGGAGCAAUGUCUCAGUCUUUUUUUUUUUCUUUGCUGUACAGAGAAUAGAGUUGGGAGAAGUAAGUUGUCAAGUGCCAUAGACCUUGAACUGUUUGAAUAGGGGAGGACCUAUGACCCCAGAUCCCAAGCAAUAGUCACAUGUUCACAACCUUCUGAGUACAUUUGCAGCAUAACGGCUUAAAGCAAUAUUUAAAGCCUUUAUUUUCAUUCAAAAAAACAUCAAAUCGCAUUUUUAAAUUUACACAACCUUUUAGUAAUCCCUGAUGAUUUUACAUUUUUAUAUCGUGAAAAAGAUUUUUUUUUCCUUUCUCUUUUUUUGUAAUGAAACGGCACAGGAAAUAUGUGUGGUAGUGCUAGAAAAAAAAAGAUUUCUCUGCAUUGUGUAAAAGUGAAUGUUUGUGUCACUUUGCCCAAGGCUUUUUACUGUUGCUUAGAAUACCAUCAGCUCCUGGUGUUCAUUUGUGCAAAAAUAAUCAACUUUUACUCUGUUGAAAAACUAAUCCAGUCACAGCUGCAUCUCAGAACAUUUGUACUGAUUGUGGAAAAAGUGUCAGAGAGAAAAAAAAAUGUGUUUUUAAAUUUUACAUGAACCUCUCAGUUGCAUGAAAUCAGCCUGUUAAUAUUCAUUCACUGGUGAGUAAUUAUUCAGUGAGACGUGUUUCCAAAACAAACGGAAAUGAUAAAAUUCACACACCAAGUAAAUGACCCCAUUAAUUCCAGCAGUACAUUUGUGACCACUGAAUUGUUUGUACAAUAUAUAACAGAAUUUAAAUUUUUAUCCCUUUAAUAUUAGUCGUACUGUUGGAAGGUAGCUGUUCAAAAGUGAAGCUUUACCCUCAACUUUUAAAUUGAAUCUAAAAUUGGUUAAAAAAAAAAAAAAAAUAUAUAUAUAUAUAUAUAUAUAUAUAUAUAUAUAUAUUCACUGGCAAAUGACAAUGUGCAUUUCCCACAUUUGUCACACAUGUUGUAUUUCACACAGAUGAACUGUUGUUUAUAUUAUUUGUUUUAAUUUUAAUGGUGAUUUGUGUUGACUUUCUAAGAGUAGGGGGAAAAUUUCUGGGUAAUGGUCACUUUAUUUUCAUGGCAAAAACAUACAGUCUGACAUUGUAGACAAUCUAGGGAGAUAAAACAUGUCACAUUUUCUUCAUCCAUGUGGGUCUGUUUCUUAUGCUCCCGUAUUGUUCUUAUUUAUUUAGCAGUCUUCUGUGGACUUUAGACCUUACUAAUCAAAUUGUAAAUACUCUAAAAAAAAAUUGAGAAAAGAGUCAAUAAUGGCAUUAGUGACUUGCGAUUGUAAAACCAGCAAUAAAUUGCAAUGCAGAGGCACCUGUUUUAAUGUAUAGCUAGUAUUUCUAAGGUUUCUCUGGAAACAGCCACAGUGAGAUGAUGAUUGAUAUGCAUUUAUCCAACAUUCCAGAUUUUGUACAUAAUUACCUGUUUCUGAAGUAACCUGUGGAAAAUAAACUAAUGCUCUUUAACAAGGA